UUACAUUUCAGUUGUGUUUUUAGUUCACUGCAAGUCAAACUUUAAGAUUAAGCAAGAAUUAUGAAGACCUCUGUACCUGUUUUAUCACAAUCGUUUUACUUGGAUUGGCCUGUGUGUUUGCAGCUCAUCCUCGCAAUGGUAAAGUGUAUGAUGCGAUUUUCUCCGACAAUGAACUGAUGAAACGUGAUGCAGGCAAGUGCAACACACAGGUAUUCUAUAAAGGCAGACGCGUCAUACACAGAUUAGAUUGUGGUUAUUAUGGAAUAAACCGGGCAAAAUGUCAAUCAUAUGGCUGUUGUUUUGACAGUAGAAAACGAUGGCAAUACAACUGCUUUUUCAAAGUUCGUCAAUGCACUAAAAUAAAACCAGAACAUCGUCUAGAUUGUGGUUAUUAUGGAAUCACAGAAAGACAAUGCAGAUGGAAAGGCUGCUGUUUUGAUAGAAAAUAUAAAAACAAAUUCAACUGUUUUUACCAAAGUAGUGCCUGCGAUGUUGUCAAAGCAAACGAAAGAAUAGAUUGUGGUUGGUAUGGAAUAACUAAAAGCCAAUGUGAAAGAAAAGGAUGUUGCUACGAUAAAAGUAUUCUUCAUGCCAAGCACUGCUUUUACAAAGGAAGUCUUUAAGUGAGGAUUCUUCGUUCGCACGAACGAUUAAUAAUCUUGUAGUAUAGUCGUAGUCAAAUAUACUCUCUUGUCAUGGCAUUGUUAACGUUCGUUUUUCAUUAAAGUUCUAUUAGUUUAUGAAA